AUGGACAUAAGAACAUGUUCGGCCAUUCUGUUAGCUUCUGCACUGGCAAUUGCGUUCCAAGUCUUUGUUUUAUCUCCAAUAUCACCUGAUAUACUCCUUCUUCCAACCUCUUCAAUCCCAUCAAACAGCAAGUUACAGGAAGUGAGUAAACUUGGAGAAGGGCUUCUAAACAGACCAGAAGCCAUUGCUGUCGACAAAACGGGCGUGCUUUAUACGGCUACAAGAGAUGGUUGGAUCACAAGACUGCACAGAAAUGGAUCCUGGGAGAAAUGGAGGCAUAUUGACAGUGAUAAUUUACUUGGAGUAACUGCAACAGCAGCUGGUGAUCUCGUUGUCUGCGACGCAGAGAAGGGUUUGCUCAAGGUUGGAGAAGAUGGUGUAACCGUUCUUGCAUCCCAUGUCAAUGGCGCCAAAAUUUUGUUUGCAGAUGAUGUGAUAGAAUCAGCAGAUGGUAGUUUGUACUUCAGCAUCGCAACUACGAAAUAUGAGCCCCAUAAUUGGCACCUUGAAGUGCUCGAGGCAAAGUCGCAUGGACAACUUGCAAAGUACGAUCCUUCAUCGAAGGAGACAUCUAUUUUGCUUGAUAAUCUUGCCUUUGCAAAUGGUGUUGCCCUCUCAGCAGAUCAAGAUUACUUGGUCGUAUGUGAAACUUGGAAGUUUGCAGAUGAUGUGAUAGAAUCAGCAGAUGGUAGUUUGUACUUCAGCAUCGCAACUACGAAAUAUGAGCCCCAUAAUUGGCACCUUGAAGUGCUCGAGGCAAAGUCGCAUGGACAACUUGCAAAGUACGAUCCUUCAUCGAAGGAGACAUCUAUUUUGCUUGAUAAUCUUGCCUUUGCAAAUGGUGUUGCCCUCUCAGCAGAUCAAGAUUACUUGGUCGUAUGUGAAACUUGGAAAUAUAGGUGCUUAAAAUAUUGGCUAAAAGAGGAAAACAGAGGACAAACUGAGGCCUCGCCAAUUCAUCCUGCCGAGCUUUUGUGGCUGGGGAACCAAACCUGA